GAAAUGUACCGGGCAGGUUUUCGUUGGCCCGCUCACCAUGCCGGUGCCAAUUUAAUAAUGAAUCGGUAGGAACCAAGUCAGUCUCUUUGUUCAUUCCACCGGAUUAACAAGUGAGUCCUCACAGGUACGGCUGCAGCGGUGCAAUUUGAGUGAUCGAUAGUUGCUUAGUGACGAGGGCAGCGCUCGAACCAUGGAGGAUGAAAAUGCAUCUGCCAAUGUCAUCGUGAAGGACACCCGUGGGGCUGAGCCACUGGCCAUCGUGGAUGACUUCCAGAGGCGCAAAGUUCAACUCUACAAGCACUGGGUUCGUCCAAGAUUUCUGCAGUACAACUACAUGUACAACUAUCGCCACAACUACUACGAUGACCUCAUCGAUUAUCUCGAUCGGCGUGCCCGUGGAAUGCCCGGAGAAAUCCCUCGUCCUCAGUACUGGGCCGAACGGGUGCUACGGACUGAGAGAAAGACUCCGAAGAGCAUUGACGAGAUGUACAACUACACCAACAUUGGCUUGAAGCGAGAUGAGCGAAAACUGAACUACACUCUAAGUAAUCAGAUCAAGUCGUACAAUUUCCACUCCAAACGCUACCUUAACAGCAAAUACGCUCGGAUUUUGUAAACGCUAUACUAACCUAAGGAACUCUUGUACAACCGGGGAUAAACCUUUGCUUUGAAAAACUGACAUUGAUUAAAAACAAACCGCGAAGGCAGAUCGGAGUUGGCACACGGUGGCUAAACGGGACCCGCAAGCCGUUCCUCUGUCAGGAUUGCUCCUUACGCAGCAACCAGCGCCCCCGAAACUGCCUGCAGACGAUAAAAAAAAUAGCAAAAUGGAACUGCCCAUCGCUUUGGGCAGCUUCAGAAUACCGCUUUGAUAAAAAAAAAUAUUACUAAACCCUUCUUUGUGCUAUCCUGAAUGAAGCAGUUUUUACUACAAGAACUUUCAACCACUAACUCCAAGAAUUUUACUACAACAACAACAAAACAAACUAACAAAGAGACUACAAUAUUUAAUAUUUAACGAAAACAUGCAAUCGACUUUUUUGAAAAAAUCGCUUACUCGAACAAUCAGACAGAAGACAACCAGUUACUGAUUGUUUGAGUAAAGUGGUUUUACCUAUUCUUGCUAUAACUUACAAGUAGGCCUCGCCUAAAACAGAUAUACUAAAUACAUAUAUUUAAGCAAAGCUUGCUUAACUAAUUUUUUUUAUUAGAAAAUGCACACAUUAAUGCUUAUCAAUCUUAUAAAUCUAUCCACAAUAUUUCAACUAUUAUACUUAAUCAAAUAACUUGUUAGCUUAGUGGCUUUUGUUUAGUGUGUUGAUUUUUUUUUCGCAAUCUAAAAUUCGAUCCGUCAGGCGUUUUUAUUGUAAGAAACCAUAUUUUAAUCUUAUAGGAAGGAGUCCAACCGUGAAUUCCUAUAGUAUCUAUCGAAUCUGGUGAAAUGUUCAAAAGUGGACACAGUUUGCUGCAAAACAAAACAAAACAAAGCAAAAAAAAAUGCGUCAAUCAAUUCUCACCAACAUCCGACAGCACAUUGUGGUCAUCCACUGGCGUUUGCAACCCAUCAUCCGCACCGUAAACGUUUGAAAAAAAAACACAACGAACAACAUCUAAGAACUACACCAGCUUAAAUUGUCAUUGUUACUUACGAACGAUCAGACCAUGCCAACAGUUUCAAUACAACGUGAAUCUAGACUACAUCCACCAGCAACUUGGAUAGGAAGUCCAAAGCCCAAAGAUCGCGGGCAAUGAUUAAUUUAUUACUUUACUUUAUUCAUUUAUUUAUAUAUUUAGUUAUCACAUUCAACAACUAUCUCUUAGUUUAUAUUACAUGCAACAUUACUUAACGAUUUUUCAUUCUAUUGUUGAAAUAUUUUAUUUAUCAUGAACAUUACUUUUUUUUAUUGAAGCACAACAACUCUUAAAAUGUACUCAAUGCGCAAGAUUCUUAAGAAAACCAGAAAUACAGAAACCGAUGAAGAAAGAUCUAA